GAAACAACUUCAUGUCGCCGGAGUGUCCAAUGCUCACGACCCCAUGGCUGUGACUAGCUGGUGGGCGACGAGUACCUCUGCACCGCGCCGGCAUGGCACCAUUACAGUGCGUGAGGUCACCUGCGGCGUGGACGUGGGGAAGGUGGGCUUUGGGGUUGCUUCCUUGCCACCUCAGCCAGUGGUCCUGAAGAAGGUGACGGCCAACAGCUGGGCCUCACAACAAGACCUCAGCACGGGCGACGUGCUACUGGAGCUGAACGGCGUGCAGAUGAGUGAGCUGUCAACGCAGCAAUUCCUCAACCUCAUGCAGACUCGGCCCUUAUGCUUCAAGUUUAUCAUCAAUCCACUGAAGUCCUCGCGCGUUCGGAUGCGCGAGGAUGAGGGCACGAGCGUGGCGUCCAGCCGAUCACCUUCGGCGUCGAGCAGCGUGCAGGACGAGAAGGAGGACGAGGACUUGCAGGCGACAUCAAGACAUAGCCUUUCAGAUUGGUACGCGCAAGAGGAUGGACCCUCACCCCGGAAGGCCUCUGCAUUGACCACUUGGUUCCUUGACGGCGCUGAGUUGCCGGACACCGGCUCGCGCCUCACGGCCCGGCAUCGGCUGUCGGGUUCGGCCGAGUCAGGGGCACCGGAGUCGGAGCUCGGCGCGUUGCUGCACGCGGCGCUGGAGAAGGAGGACUUGGAGUCCUUACUGCAGGUCAUUGUCAAGGCACAAGCUGAAGGCAUCAUGGCCGAUCUGGUGGAAGUGGCACGGUGUAAGGCCUCGUCCUUGCAGAUCCUCGGUGAGACGAUCGAACCGGAGUCGAAUUGCACAGUUGGCUAUGGCCGCUGCCUUCUAAGCCCGCGCACGCGAGCAUCGUGAGCGGCCCUUUCCAACGAGAGCGAGCCACGGUGUGCAGCAGCCAUGGGCCACCAACCCAUGAGACUUGGUAGUCUCCUGACGAUUCACAUGGAACUGGAAAGAGACCCAGGGCAGUCGAUUUUCCAUUUGACCCUGUGGUUCGAAAAGGUUCCAUGGGAAUCUCACGGUGUAGUUUUACAGAGGUUGUGACAGGUCCCUCUGAGAAUGG